AUGUCCGUGACGCUUCAUACGACGAUAGGCGAUAUAAAGCUGGAGAUCUUCUGUGAUACGGCUCCUCGAACAGCUUUUAACUUUCUGGCAUUGUGUGCGAAUGGUUCGUACGAUGGGACUCUCUUUCACCGGAAUAUUAGGGGUUUCAUGAUUCAAGGCGGUGACACUGCUGAGAAGACUGGGGUGAAAGGUGGAGAAUCCAUAUGGGGCCCGACAUCGUUUCCCGACGAGUUUCAUCCCGAUAAUACUCAUGAUAAGAGAGGCGUAUUGUCCAUGGCGAACAAGGGUCCCAAUACCAACCGAUCGCAAUUCUUCGUCCUCUACGAGCGACAGCCUCAUUUGAACAAUCUUCACACAGUUUUCGGCCGUCUAUUGGAUGGAUGGGAGGUUUUGGAUAAAAUGGAGCGGUUACCUGUAAUGGGCCGACAGGCCACCAAAAAGAGAGACCAAAACAAACCCAUUGAUCCGCCCGUGAUACAGAAGGUCACUAUACACGCCAAUCCACUGGCCGAUGAUAUGAUCAUAUAUCCAACUGCAGAUGGACCACCAGAGAAGCGUGGAUGA